UAUACAUUAUUUGAAAGGGGCAACUUAUUUGCUGUUUGCUGACUCUUAUCAUCUUCUAGCUUCUGCACCAAUAUCACAAAUAAUGCCUACAUCCAUUCUCCCUUCCCAAAACGGAAACACAAGAACCACAAAAAUGAGUUCAAGGCAACGUCCAUUACAUGCAUGUGGAGUUUCCAUGAUAGCAAUGGCAGAAAUUGCGAUUGGAAAAACCCAGAAUGUCAAUGGUCCAUUGGGUGCAAACUUGAGAAGGAUAAUUGCAAAACUUUCGAGAUCCACCACACCCCUUAUUUAUGCAAUGCAAUGCCAAUUGCUAGCCAUACUAUCCUUCAUGGAUGAUCACAUCAUAACAGCAGAGAAAAUCUCCGAGAAAGUGUUCCCAUCCUCUGCGGUGGCCUUCGACAAAGUCGAUGAACUAGUCCUAAUCAUAGCCUCCAUGCCAGAGAAAUUUGAUGGGGCAGUGAACAAGGUCCUAGCAGUGAUCCACAAAGUGCCAUUGCUAGAACGGGCAAUGACCCUUUUCAUAUCAAUGUUGAAUGGUUUUGCUUCUAUCUUGGAUCAUUAUUGGGGCCGUGGAGAUUCAAUAAGAACAAAGGAGAAAACCAUAGGUGUUGAUUCUUCUUCUUCUUCUGGAUACAUUUCCUUGGAGAACUUUCCUCCUAUAUUGGAGGCCGAAAUCAAAGGGACUCACGACAAGAAGGCAGCGGCAGUGUUGCCGAGUUGCGCAAAAGGGUCUUACAAGCAGGCAUUACUGGAGAGUGGUAACAAAGAAGGGAACAAUCCACAUGAUGAUGAUGACGAGAAGGAGGUUGAUGGAGGUGAAUUGUGUGAAGUUAGUGAAGAAGGGGAAAAGAAGCAAGAUGAUAGAAGAAGUGAAGUUGAAGAGAAUGAUAAGUGUGAAAGUAACAAGGGUGGUGAUGUUCUUUUGAAAUUGUUUGAUUCAUGGCUCAUGAACCCAGGUCGUUUCUAGAAAACCAUGAAGAAUAAUGCAAUUAGCUAGCUAGCUAACUAGAAUCUCCAUUUCUAGUAUUUUUUUUUUAUUGAUUUAUUUGUUUUGCAGUUUUGUUUCAAUGU